AUUCAAUAUUAAUUUUGGCAGGGAGUGUCUAAAUUUGAUUCCUCAUUCGAAGUUUUCAUUUGCAAAGAUAUGGCUAUUAGCUGCGCAAUUUGAAAUACGUCAGUUGAACCUCAAAGGUGCCCGACAAAUACUUGGCAAUGCCAUUGGGAGGGCUCCUAAAGAUAAGAUAUUCAAGAAGUAUAUAGAGAUAGAGCUGCAACUGGGAAAUAUAGAUCGAUGCCGUAAACUUUAUGAGAAGUAUUUGGUCUGGUCACCUGAAAAUUGUUAUGCUUGGAGCAAAUAUGCAGAGUUGGAGAGAUCUCUGUGUGAAACUGAUCGAGCCAGGUCUAUAUUUGAGCUUGCAAUUGCACAGCCUGCACUGGAUAUGCCAGAGUUAUUGUGGAAGGCCUACAUUGAUUUUGAGAUAUCAGAACAUGAAUUUGAAAGAACAAGAGAGCUAUACGAGAGACUUCUGGACAGAACAAAACACUUGAAAGUGUGGAUCAGUUAUGCCAAAUUUGAGGCAUCAGCAAUGGAGGAUGACAGCCUGCUUUCUGAAUUACCAGAAGAGAACAUGCAGGAAUAUCUUCAUGCACGGAAGCAACAAUGUAUUCAACAUGCUAGAAGGGUCUUCGAAAAAGCUAUUACUUACUACAGAAAUUCAGCUCCAGAGUUGAAAGAGGAGAGAGCUAUGCUCCUUGAGGAAUGGUUGAAUAUGGAGACGAGUUUUGGUGAGCUUGGUGAUGUCAGCUUAGUGCAGUCUAAGCUUCCAAAGAAGCUUAAGAAGAGGCGUCAAAUUGUUAGUGAGGAUGGUCCCGCAGGGUUUGAGGAAUACAUAGAUUACUUGUUUCCUGAAGAAACACAAACUACAAAUCUCAAGAUUCUUGAAGCUGCCUACCGUUGGAAGAAGCAGAAAGUUGAUGAUAAUUAAUUUGGCCUUUCUUUCAUUCCCUGCCCCUCACAGUGGUCCUUGCUUGUGUAUUUUGAAAGAAGGUUUUGGGCUUCGCUGCAGAACUGGCAGUGCACCUGAUACUCUUGGUGCGAUGGAGUUGCCUGAUGUGACUGGUAAUUUU